AUGCCUGCUCAUGAGCUCACAUGCAUUGUGCGUAGCUGUGUGGUAGGUUGCAGUCUUAAAGCAUCCGUAAGCGAAAUCACACAAGCGCGAUGCCUUGGAAGGUUUUAUGGCUGGAGUCAGUUUAAGCGAUGGCAAGAACUGGAAAAGGAAGAGAAGGAAUCCAAGAAGGAAAAAGAGAUACUUCAAAAUUACAUUCGUUUUCCGACGGGGAUGUAUCUUACACCAGAAAAACCUAGUGACGUGCUUCCUCAGAAACCUCUUGCUGAAAGAAAUAGAAAAGAAAAAAAUCAACUUCCAACGGAACUCUAUGCUCAACAUCAUCAGUUAAGAUAUCUUGACCAUAGUUUUGAUAAUAUGCGCAGAUAUCUAAGAUACGAACAUUUUCAACAUUUACAAUACGACCAAAGAUUUAUACCAGAGCGUCUUCUGUUUCUUGGGCCCGACUUGGCUGCUGCCUAUUUUCUGGUACAUCGAGGUGCCGCUAUCAAAUUUGUAGGAGACGAUGUCUGGAUUAAGCGAGACAAGAAAGGAAAAUAUAACCUGCCAGGACGUAGAGUUCCUGAUCUUUACAUAGAAGCUAUUGAUGCUAGCGGAACAGAGUUACUUUUUGAAGGUUUCGAUAACCUCAAUGACCUGUGCCAUGUGAGAAUGCUGAGGUUGGCUUCAUGCCCUUAUGCAAAUGACUGGAUGUUAGGAAGAGUUAGCACGAUGAUGUCUCAAUCAUUGGAAAUGCUUGAUCUUAGUGGAUGUACGAGAAUAACAGCAAAAGGAGUUUCUGGGUUGAAAGAGAUGAAAAAGCUUCGUUACUUAAGAUUGGAAGGACUCGAUCACGUCAAGGAUUUAGCGAAAACUGCUUUGCUGCUUGAGGAGGCAAUACCGGGGUUGAAGAUUCUUGGUGUAAAUUACGAUAAGGCACUGGAGUUGUUGAAAAGAGAAACUUUGCUGUUGGAGAACGACAGGGUUUAUAUUGAUGCAAAAGGGAAUGCGCAUGUAGAGGAUGAUCACGGACGUUUGUUUUAUAUUGCCGGUCGUGUCAACGAGAGGGCAACUGUGUGUGACGAGGAUAAACCACUUAUGACUAGUUUGAUCCGUCGAGAAGUUCCUGCAAUGGAUGACAUCGAGUUUGAGCAACUUGAUCGAUUAUCUGGCGGUAAAUUGCGGCAUUUGCUUGUGGGUUCUCCAAGCGGAUAUUCUUGGACAGACCAAGUGGAGACCAUACUUAGCUUUGAGGAGAAGUGGAAGUCUAAAAAAGGUAUCCCUGUGAAUCCGAAGAUGCUUCCAGCCUCGAAAAGAACAGUUAGCCUGCCAGAAGAUAAGGUUAAAAAAAUGAUAGAAACAGAAGUGAAAGGGUUUGUAACUAGUGGAACGGAAGAAGCUGCAGGAACUGACGAAUCAAAAGAGUUGAGAACCUCGUCUAAAUUAUAG